AUGACGAUACCGUUUCAAAUCCCCAUACCAGAUUUGGACCACUGCUUGUCUCAGCUCCUGGAUCACAAGCCCCCGCGGUUGCUACCUCCGGAAACCGUUCAACAACUCUGUCACAACCUUAAAUCUCAAUUAUUGGGCGACCCCAAUAUCCUUCUGGUCCAGUCUCCCAUCACCGUUGUGGGCGAUAUUCACGGCCAGUACCAUGAUUUACUCGAAAUAUUUCAAAUCGGCGGGUAUCCACCACAUACAAACUACUUAUUUUUGGGGGAUUAUGUGGAUCGAGGCUACUAUUCAGUGGAAACGAUUCUGUUAUUGAUCGCACUUAAACUUCGGUAUCCUCUGCGUGUAUUUCUUAUCAGAGGAAACCAUGAAUCACGUACAAUCACCACCAACUAUGGCUUUUAUACCGAAGUGCUCCACAAGUACCAAGGAAGCUCAGAUGUUUGGACUUAUAUCACCGAUGUGUUUGAUUAUCUCCCGUUGGGAGCGACCAUCGAUGGCCGAGUAUUUGCUACCCACGGAGGUUUGUCGCCCAGCUGCCAGCGACUAGAUCAGAUAAGGGCCACCGAUAGGUUCAAGGAGAUCCCUCAUGAUGGGAUCAUGGCGGAUUUGGUGUGGUCAGACCCCGAUCCCGAGAUUCUUGACUUCAAGUUAUCGCCGAGAGGUGCUGGCUACCUUUUCGGCGCCGAUGUCAUGAACAAGUUUUGUCACGACAAUGGAUUAUCCCAGCUCGUGCGGGCACACCAGUUAUGUAACGAGGGCUAUGUGAGCUACUGGGGCGGCAAAUGCUUAACAGUGUGGCUGGCACCCAACUACUGCUACCGGUGCGGAAACAAGGCCAGUGUUCUCGAGGUCACCGACACCAGCAGCGAUGGCAAAGUCAACGAGCAAGGGGUGUUUGCUGGCCAGUACUUCAACGUAUUCGAGGCAUCGCCAGAAAACGACGAAGAUACCGUUGUUGGAAAAGGUGUUAAUGGCAUGCAAGAUGACGGGCAGGCCCCGGGCAUGUUUGCCGGCUUCUACGGCCGGCCGUCGCAAAUUGUCGAGUAUUUCUUAUAG